UUUGACAUUUCUUCUGCACGUGCUUUCUUAGAAAGAACAUUCUCGUCAACUAAAUAAAAGUUUCUAUAAGUAGAAACACUCUCUUCAGCCUGUGAUCUCAUAUCUCAUCAAAUUUGGUUAAAUUUGAUUCUGAUCUACUCUGACACAAAAAGGGAGAAGAACAAGAAGGAAAAUGGGAGGAGGAGUGAAUCGCGAUGAUUUCAGCCGUGUUGGCCCCCACUAUCUUACCUGUGUUGAUUGGUCAAACUCCAACCAUCGGACCGCAGUGACAUCAAGUUUGGUACAGGGAGUCUACUCAAUGCAACGGGAUAGGAUGAAGAAACGGAAACCACUAUCCAACCCCUGGUGGGAAUCCUUUGGUUUCUCUUUAGACAAGCCCUUGAUCAACGAAGAUGAUAACUCCAUAUACGGUGCCGUUUUCGAGUAUAAAAACAACCAGAAUAUACCUCAUUCGGGAUCGGGAGUGCCUCCGAGUUACGUGAUUGCCUUUCGCGGCACGAUGCUGAAAUUCAAAACUUGGCGUAAGGAUUUGGAAGAAGACCUUCGAUGCUUGUUCACCAACCUUAGCAACGGAACUAGGUUCAAACAUGCCAUACAAACAAUCGAAACUGUGCUGGAGAAACACAGUACCAAGAAAACUUCUGUCUGGCUCACUGGACACUCUCUCGGAGCAGGUAUAGCGUUGUUGGCUGGGAAGACCAUGACGAAACGUGGAUUCCCUCUCGAGACUUACGUAUUCAGCCCGCCCAUCUCGUCUAUUCCUCUAGAUAGUCUAUCUGGUCUUGAUGUGGUUAAAGACAUCUUUCGAUUCGCCGAGUGUAUCUUCAAAGUGACCUUAUCCGUGCUCUUUGAUCUCAAGACUAAAGCAGACGAUCCAAGAAUAGCAAAGUGGAUACCUUACGUAUAUGUGAACCCAUCAGAUAUAGUCUGUGCAGAAUACAUUGGUCUUUUGAAACACAAAAACGUCAUGGCUGAUUUCGGAUUAAGCGAAUUUGAGAUUCUUGGUGCUGGAGUCUCUAUCAGGAGUCUUGUUUUCGGAGAUGAAAUAGGAGAACCUAUUCAACUUCUUUCGUCAGCCGAUAUGACAGUAAACAAGAAUAAACCUAAUGUUGAGACAAAUAAUAUGCUUAAGAAAUGGUGGUAUAAGUUUAAGAAGGCUCAUGCUCUUGCUCAAUGGUGGGAUCCAAACCCAGAUCUUCGGGUAAAUUGGGAAACCCACAGCAUUAGGCCAUCUACACCAUGUCUGGAUAUGGAGCCAACAUCCUCCUCUUGACCCCUUUUCUAAGGAUUUUCCUUAGUAUAUGCUUGGGAACCAUCUAUCAUCCAUCUACCCUUUUUCGGUUUCUUCAACUUUUCCUUUUGUUGUUGUUUUCCAUGUGUUUGAAACGCUUGUUACGUUGUAAAAGCUCUUUAAAAUAUUUUAUUUGUGGG